AUGUCGAUCGCGGAAGCAAAAAAAUGUGUAUCAACUGAGCCAGUGAGCCGAAAGGCCCGCGCCAGUCCCGAGUUAGUUGAAUCGGCAUCCAGGACUGUUCGCAACUAUGUCGCUAACUCUGGUCUCAGAUACACCCGGGCUCUUGAGGAAAGAAUAAAAAGUCUCGAGUCUCAAAUUCCAGAGGAGCGAGUGGAACAUUUACCAACCAGCUGGCGAGCUACACAGCAAGAUUCGGCGCAAAGGGGCGAUGGAACAUUGUCAAGGAAAAGGCCGUUCGAACAAACCGUCCUAGAGCAUGCUUCAACUCCUGUGUCUCAUGAUUCCUCUACACCGAGGCAAACGAUGAUUUACAGAGAGCCAGACGAAGAUUCGUCGUGUCUACGUCGAGCAUCGCGUCCCGCUACGUCGACAUACUCAGAUACACGGCCGUCAGUACCCUCGUCAUUUCCCCAAACCACAGAGGACUCGACAGAUUCACGGAGACUUUCUGGCCACUCCAGCUUAUUGAUUGGUAUAAUAGCCACUCUUGCAAGAGGUGCCGGUGAAUCCACCUCAGAGCUGUCCAAUGGCUCUAAAGAUUCCGUUUUAUCUAUGUUGACCGAUCAGUCAUUUCCUCUGGACCGUUCAUUACGAAUUUCAGAUGAGGCAUCUGAUCGACUGGUCCGUAUUUAUCUUGAAAGAGUUAACCCACGCUAUCCGUUUCUUCAUCUGAAAACUUUCCUUGGCUGGUAUGAAUCUUGGAAGGCCAGGUCCCACAUGAAUACGACCAAGGACCAGCAUUGCCUAUGGCAAGACUUCUUUGUGACCAUGGUGCAUGCUGUUGCUCUGCUUCUGACACCCCAGACCUUAUAUAACAAGGCGAUGGAAUAUCUUGCCCAUGUUUUCGCACAGCCGGACCCUGUCUUACAUGCUCAGGCAUAUCUUCUCCUGACGCUACACGCGCUUCAUUCUCCAUCGUCGCAAAUGAUUGUCACAAUUGUGUCUGCAAUGAUGAGAUAUUGUGUCAUGGAAGAGCUUCAUUUGGCUGAGAGUGAGCCGAGAGCAUCAAAUCCAGCUUUCUCUCUGGAAGUCCAGACUCGCCGCCGAGUCUUUUGGUCGGCUUAUGCGUUGGAUCGAUUCAUUAGCUGGAUUUACCACAUUCCCAACAAUAUCAUUGACGAACACAUCAGCGUGCCGCUCUUCUCGAACGUUGGUGACGCUGAUCUUCGCGGCGCAGAAUCGAUUGAUGACAACAUUAGGAUCGAAACUCCAUCACAGCAGACGCAUGUGUCACCAGCUCUUCAUUUGUUUCGAUGUCGACGUAUUCAGUCCAGAAUUAUCAGUACUAUGAUGCGGUCUGAUUUCGAGAAUAUCGACACCACAACGACAUGGCGAGAGCACAUGUUAGGGGAGCUAGAUUCGUGGAGAUCCCAGCUCAGCUCGUUGAGUGAUGUGGCAUCUAAAAGCUACACAAGCGAUCGAUGGGUUGGCAUGGCCUACAAUUACACCAUUCUUCUCUUACAUCAACCAACAAGGGACAAUGUCUGCCAUGGCUUCGGAGACCGCUCGGUCCCGGCUUGUGUCCAGAUUGCCUUGACGUUUAGGACUUUCCAGAAAGACCGUCAAACGGCACAAUUAUGGCCAGGACUUUUAAGUCAAGUCUCCGUCGGUAUCACCUUGCUUUACUGCUUCUGGGCAACACCCGCUCAACACCAGACCCCAGCAUAUCGUUCAAGAGAAGUCCCAGAAGCGUUGCGGGCCUGUUCAAUCUCCCUUGCCAUUCUUGCCGAGCGGUGGGUUCAAGCCGAGCCUCUGCGCGAUGUCUUUGAUGUUCUCGCAAAAGAAGUACCUCUCCACGGCGCGACUGACCCUACUCCGCGACGUAUCUCAGCAGAGUCUGUCUCUUACGUUCAGUCCCAACUUCCUCUUCUUACUUCAAUCAUCAUGCACAGGGGUGUUUUGCGCAUGAUACGUGAGAUGAUCACGGAGGAUUUUCCCAGAAGCUUAAGUGAGAGUUAUGAGCAUGCAUUGCCGCCACAUGACGGGAGUAUACUUCGGAGCUUGGAUGGUCACCUGUGUAGUCCCGAAUGUCCAUUUUUCCGCAAGUCGGACCAGUCUGAAUCUGUGGCCGCCAUUGAUUCCCGAAUGUAUCCUCCGCUUGAUGGAGAGGGAAUGGGUGGUGACUUUGGGAUUGAUGACGACACGCUCGUCUUUCCACUCCUCUUUGGCUCUGCGGAAUUUUGA